GAUUGUUUUCAGGUGUGACCUUCCUGCUUUAACAUCCUGCUCAUGUCGUCUUCAGGUCAUCAGUCCGUUCGGCUGGAGGGACAUGAGGAUCAGUGUGCCGGGCGGGUGGAGGUAUGGAAGGACGGGAACUGGGGCACGGUGUGUGACGACAGAUGGGACCUGAGAGAAGCCAAGGUGGUUUGCGCCCAGCUGGGCUGUGGGACCGCUCUCAGGGUGACGGGUCAGAAUGGAUUGUUCCCUCCAGGGAGCGGACCGAUUCACCUAGACGAGCUGAACUGCACCGGGAACGAGCAGAACCUGUGGUUCUGUCCGGGUGUCCAGGAAAACUCCGACUGCGGACACAAAGAGGACGCUGGUGUGGUGUGUUCAGUAUCUAAGACGUCCUUCAGAGUCACCACAGCAGCUCCUCCUGCAGGCGCCUCUUCUCCAGAACAUCUCUGCAUCAUAUCUCUGUCUAUUGCGGUGCUUGCUCUUGCCAUCCUGAAUUUGGUUCUCUGCUGCCUUUUCUGUCACGGCCACGAUGCGGGCGGUGAGGCCAGCAGAGCCGUUGGUCUGAAGAAGAUGGUGAUCUGUGGUCAACGAAGUGGAAACACAGAUGCCUGAAGAAGCAUCGAUUCUAAAAUGCUGAUUUAUAGAUCACAAGUAAUGUGGAAUAAAUAUGAAUCAUAAAGUUUAACAAUGAAUAAAAAUGUCAAAACAAAAAUAAA